UUGUGGAUUAGUUGAGCUGAGAGGAAUAUAAUGUGGGAAUAUUAUUAUUUUAUAAUAAAGACUAAUCUUUUUUUUCUUUAAUUAUCUAUAAAAAUAUAGGUUCAACAAUCAAUAUUAAUCUUCCUUUAGUUCACUUCAUUAUGUUUUCAUGCUACAAAAGUACUACUACAGAAGAUGAAGAAAUGAAUGGUUUCUUUUUGAGGAAUGGAGGUGCUGUGUUAGAGCAAACCAUUCGUUUGUUCAAUGGAAAAUCUAAUCCACUCCGUUCAUACUCUUCUCAACAAUUCAACAACGCAACAAAUAACUUCCAUGAUACCACAUUCAUACACCUUCAUGGAAAUUACGGCCUGUACAAGGGAGUAAUUCAUGAUGAUGAUGAUAGUGGUGAAGAUUAUAUAAUUUCUGUGAAAAAGUUGAGUCAUCGUUUUGGUGAUGUAAAGUUAGAAGAGAUUGCUACUGAAGUUUCUGUGGCAUCACAGAUGAACAACCACAAAAACGUUUUGAAGCUCUUGGGUUACUGCCUCGACUCAAAGUUUCCCAUGUUGGUUUAUGAGUUCUCUGUUCAUGGCAAUCUCUCUCGUUUUCUCAUAAAUGGGAAUAAUAGUAAGGAACCACCACCACCACGACUGCCAUUUGAGAGCAGGUUAAGAACUGGGAUUGGAAUAGCCAAUGCACUUGCUUAUCUCCAUCACGGCCAUUCAAAGACCUUCAUCCAUAGGGAGAUCUUUAAGGAAGCAGUGUACUUAGACCAAGACUAUGGUGCCAAGCUAUUUGAUUUCCAAUCAUCAAUUCCAAUUCCUGAUGGGGAAACUCAUGUAGAUGUGGAUCUUAUUGAAGAGACUAUGGGACAUAUGUCUCCAGAGGUAUACAGAAAGGAGUGAUGUCUAUGCCUUUGGGGCUCUAUUCUCUGAAUUAUUGACUGAGAAGAGUUUGAGACAUAUGGCUGAUUCUGCUGCGACUACGCAUAACAGUUGUUCGUGUGACUACUGGUUUGAUGGGUGGAAAAAUGAGUUGAAGGACAUUACAUUGGGAGAAGAAGAAGAAGAAGAAACAUGACUUCAAGGGCUCGUUUGGAACGCCGUAUUAGGUCGUAUUGUAUUGUAUUGUAUUAUAUUUAAUUGGAUUAUAUAUCAUAUUUUUAUAUAAUACUAUGUUAAACUUUAAUUUGUACUAAAAUAUUAUAUAUUUAGGUGUCCAUAAAAGUUAAUACCACAUAUAAUUUUACAUAAAAAUAUUGCAUAAAAUACAAUUUAAUAUAAUACAAUACAAUACGAUCUAGUACGGCGUUCCAAACGAGCCCCAAAUAAUGGAAUGUGCCAAGCUUGUGGAAAAGUGUGUCAAAAACAAUGUGGAUGAGGGACCAAACAUGGUGGAAGUUGCUAAAGCUCUCAUCUUUAUCAAAACCAACAAAACCCUUUUACCUUAAAUACAUAUUAUUGUGUUUCUUGUCUUGUUAUACUAUGAUGAGAUUCAUCAAAUACUUCGAUUUGUUUA